AUGAGCUUAGCUGACGGGGAAUACGAUAUAGUAUACAAUGCAGAAGAAUUAAAUGCGGAUCUCAACACAAAUGGACAAUAUAUUUUAACAUACGCAGGGGGUUCAACUUUAAAGCUCGAGCCGUUGAAACCAAAAUUAGAUAAGUCACAAGCCAAACCUAUAAGAGGAGAUCGAAAGCGACUACCUGGUUCAAAACCGCAAACAUCACCAUUACGACCAUUUCCUCAAAAACAUCGCAAAAACAUCACCAGUAAGGAAAGAUCGGUAUCUGUAGAGCCACAAUCAGAUACCAACGAAACCAAUGGCAUCAAUGACGUGAGCGAUGCUAACGAAGGGAGUGACUCUGGUAAUGAGAAGCUCAUUAACAAUGCGGAUAAUAUUAAACAUGAGAACGAAGUAGAUAGUUUUGAUAGAGCUGGCGAUGAGAAUAUUCCUAUAAAUAUUUCUAUCCCCAAUGAAACUAUUAAAGAAAAAUCUUUAAAAGAGAAUGAAUCAUCAAACAGCCAAGGACAGAAAUCAAAGCGUACGCUUGAUGACAAGAUUAUGGAAAUGGAAGACGAUUUUAAAGAUUUAGAGGAUCAGCUUGAAGAGGUUUUGAGUGACGAAAAACCUGCAAAGCAAGGAGGACAUGGCAACUGGGGAGCAAUUGAAGAUCUGUCGGAUUCUGAUGAUAGUGAGGUUGAGUCAAUACGGUUCCAAAGAAUCAAGAUCGAUGAGGGUAAUUCUAAACGCAAAAUAUCGAAUUCCUUCAAUUCAACGAGAAUAGGUUCAGGGUCUACAGGUAGACCACGGAGCUUGAAAGAAUUGAUGGGCGGGGGUAAAUCGCAUGAUGAUGGCAGCAGUAGCGAAGAGGAAUAG